UUCCCUCUGUCCCGGCUGUCUGCGCUCCGCUGUCCCCAGCGUCUCUCUGUCCGGAUCUGGGUCUCUAGGGACGUUCGACGCCCCGCUCCGCCCCCUGUACCUCGGCAUGGUGUGCGGCGCUGUGGGAGCCCGAGGCCCGUCCCGCCUGGGCCGCUGCGCCCUCCUCACCCGCGAUCCUCCCCGGCUGGGCGCCGUCCUCUCCGGGAGGGGACCCGGCCUCGCCCCGCACCUCCCCUCCUGGCGCCGGCUCCCCCCAGUCCUCCCCUCGCAGUGACCUGGACUGUCCUCAGAUGCAGGGUUCAUGCGUCCCUGAUUCCACCCUGAGGGAUUAUGUGCUCCUUCUGAGGCGGCUUCCCGCCCAUCCCUUGCCUGUGAGAAAAGGAUAAAAGGAAGAGAAGAAAUAGACCCAUAAACGGAUGGCAAAGCAGAGGGUGGCCGAGGGGUGGCCGAAAUGGCGAGAGUGACAGAAGCAGUUAAGAUGGUUUUGACUCCCAAAAACUCAUGUUACCUGCGGAAGGAGCCUGGAAGAGGAGGAAGUGGGAAGAAAAGGAGUCAGGAAUGGCUCUUGCUCGGGGAUGCUUAACAUUCAGGGAUGUGGCUGUAGAAUUCUCCCAGGAGGAGUGGGAGUGCCUGGACCCUGCUCAGAGGACUCUGUACAGGGAGGUGAUGUUGGAGAACUACAGGACCCUGGUCUCCCUGGGAAUCUUUCUUCCUAACCUGAGUGUUAUUUCUAUAUUGGAGCAAGGAAGAGAGCCCUGGACUGUGGAAAAUGAAAGGAGAACAGCAAGAAAUUCCAAUAGGCGGGAAUGUCACAAUGAACUGGAUGCAGACAUCUCUUCUAAAUGUGUAAUCAAGGGAUCAUCAUCAAAAGAGAAGAGCAAUACAAGAAACACAUGCAAAAGAGUGAUGUUGGAAAGGCAUGGAAAGAAUGCCAUCAAAGGCUUUGCAUUCGUGGAUGUGCAGGGAGAUAUACGUGACUUCGACUUUGAGAAGAAAGAUGAUGAAAGAAAUUACAAUAGAGUGCUUGUGAUUCAGAAAGAAAGUCUCACUGGUGGAAGAGAUCAAAGUUGUAAAAAGCGUGAAGAAAAUAAGCUUAUGAAAAAUUGGCUUGGCUUAAGCUUUCAGGAACAUUUGCCUGAGCUGCAGACACUUCAGUGUGAAGGAAAAACUGAUAGUGAUGAAGUUGAGAAGUCUGUCAACAAUGGUUCCUCACGUUCAGUACUCCACAGAAUUUCUCCUGCUGUCAAAGCACACAAAGCACAUAUUUCUCAGGAAUGUGGAAAUGAUUUGAUACGUUCUUCAUUACUCACACAGAGACAAAAAGCUCAUGUUCGGGAGAAACCUUACAAAUGCAAUGAGUGUGGCAAGGUCUUUAGUUACACCUCAUCUUUAGCACAUCAUCGAAGAAUUCAUACAGGAGAGAAACUGUACAAAUGUAUUGAAUGUGGUAAGGCAUUUUUCAGACGUUCAUACCUUUUGGUUCAUGAGAGACACCACACUGGAGCAAAACCGUACAAAUGUAAUGAAUGUGGCAAAGUCUUCACUCAGAAUUCACACCUUACCAGUCACCGGAGAAUUCACACUGGGGAGAAACCUUACAAAUGUAGUGACUGUGGCAAAGCCUUCAGUGUUCGUUCAAACCUCACUAACCACCAGGUUAUCCACACUGGAGAAAAACCUUACAAGUGUAAUGAAUGUGGCAAGGUCUUCAGUCAGACUUCAAGCCUUGCAAUUCAUCGGAGGACGCACACUGGAGAGAAACCUUAUAGGUGUAAUGAGUGUGGCAAAGUCUUCAGUUCACAUUCAAACCUAAACACCCAUCAGGUAAUCCAUACUGGAGAAAAACCCUAUAAAUGUUCUGAGUGUGGCAAGGUCUUCACUCAAAAUUCACACCUUGCAAAUCACCGGAGAAUCCACACAGGAGAGAAACCCUACAAGUGUAAUGAGUGUGGCAAAGCGUUUAGUGUAUACUCAAGCCUCACCACCCAUCAGGCAAUCCACACUGGAGAGAAACCUUACAAAUGUGAUGAGUGUGGCAAGGUCUUCACCCAGAACUCACACCUUGCGAGUCAUCGAGGAGUUCAUAGUGGAGAAAAACCAUACAAGUGUGAUGAGUGUGGCAAGGUCUUUAGUCAGACUUCAAAUCUUGCAAGGCAUUGGAGAGUUCAUACUGGGGAGAAGCCUUACAAAUGUAAUGAAUGUGGCAAAGCCUUUAGUGUGCGUUCUAGCUUAACUUCCCACCAGGUUAUCCACACUGGAGAAAAACCUUACAAGUGUAAUGAGUGUGGCAAAGUCUUCAGUUCACAUUCAAACCUAAACACCCAUCAGGUAAUCCAUACUGGAGAAAAACCCUAUAAAUGUUCUGAGUGUGGCAAGGUCUUCACUCAAAAUUCACACCUUGCAAAUCAUCGGAGAAUUCACACUGGAGAGAAACCCUACAAGUGUAAUGAGUGUGGCAAAGCCUUUAGUGUGUAUUCCAGCCUGACCACUCAUCAGGCAAUCCACACUGGAGAGAAACCUUACAAAUGUGCUGAGUGUGGCAAGGUCUUCACCCAGAACUCACACCUUGCGAGUCACCGGAGGACUCAUACAGGAGAGAAACCAUUCAAGUGUGAUAAAUGUGGCAAAGCUUUCAGUGUGCGUUCAAGCCUAACUACCCAUCAGGCAAUUCAUACUGGAGAAAAACCUUACACAUGUAAAGACUGUGGCAAGGUCUUCAGUCGAAGUUCCAACCUUGCAAGUCAUAGGCGAAUUCAUGCUGGACAGAAACCUUAUAAGUGAAUGUAUUCAGUCACAAGUACUUGUAUAGCAUCAGAGACUUCAUUUUUAAGAAUCUUUAUAAAUAAAAUGACUGUUGAAAUGCAUUCAUCAGUAAUUAAAACAUUAGAUGUCAGAGUCUAUGGUAAAAAGAAAUCUUAGGAAUUAUACAGCAGAGGCUUUCAUCUGAGUCUCCCACUAGCCAGCAAAAUACACAUCUUUGAUGAAAGUAUGAAUGGCAGGCACUUAUGUAGUAAGACUGUUUCCAAAUGAUAAUAACUCUAGGUGAGGAUUUAUUCUGAGAACAACUCAGUCUCUGGCUCUUUACUAUAUUACAUUCUGCAGAAUAUUUCCAAUUAAAAAUACAUGAAAACUCAUGCCCUGAAAUACAAAAAAGAUACAAAGAUGUUCAGAAAUGCCUAUUUAGGUUAUAAAAUGCUGUAUCCUAUUAUGUGAGGUUUCUUGAGGUUACUUUACUAUGUAUAACUCGGAACCUGAACUGUAAGCCCUGUUAAUAUUCUGGCUUCCUGAAAGGUCUUUCAUUGUGGUCUCUAAGAAAAAAUGAGUAAGAUGAAGGGGCUUCAUUAUGUAAGGAUCAUGUCUAUACUAUCCAAAAAGGAGUCUGCCUUUGAAACUUAAGUAUUGACUAAACUGGCAACUGGAAAAGGCAGAGAAUAAGGUAAAACUAUGACAAGUCACAUUCAUUUGUGUACAUUGUGUCUGUAAAAUCAUUGUUAAUAGGAAUAAACUCUGCCAAAUG